AUGGAAGAUUGUUUUGAAUGUUCAGAAGAUCAUUAUCCAAAUAAAGAAAAAAAAGGAUGUAUCCUGAAACUGCUGGUUUUUCUAACUUUUGAAGCAACCUUAGGAAUUGGUUUAGCCUCAGCAGCACUUGGUUUCUUCUUCUUGACAUCAUGGGUACUUGGAACAUUUAUUAAGUACAGGAAUACACCUAUUGUCAAAGCCAACAACCGGUCCAUAACCUACACCCUCCUUGUCUCUCUUUUGCUCUGUUUUCUCUCCUCUUUCUUUUUCAUUGGCCAGCCUGGCAAAGUGACCUGCCUUCUCCAACAAUCAAUGUUUGGCAUCACUUUCUCAGUGGCCAUUUCUAGUGUCCUGGCCAAAACCAUCAUAGUGGUUGUUGCCUUUGUGGCCACUAAACCAGGAUCUCAGAUGAGGAAAUGGGUGGGGAAUAGAUUGGCUUUUUGUACUGUUCUUUCCUGCUCCCUGUUCCAAGUAUGUAUAUGUAUUCUUUGGUUGUCAACAUCUCCUCCAUUCCCUGAAUUGGACAUGCACUCAGAGCUCCAAGAAAUGAUUUUACAGUGCAAUGAGGGGUCAGCUUUCUUCUUCUACUGUGUCUUGGGCUACCUGGGUAUCUUGACCAUUGCAAGCUUUAUUGUGGCUUUUCUUGCCCGUAAAUUACCUGACAGUUUUAAUGAAGCCAAGUUCAUCACCUUCAGCAUGUUGGCUUUUUGCAGUGUGUGGAUCUCCUUCUUUCCAGCCUAUCUGAGCACAAAAGGAAAAACCAUGGUAGCUGUGGAGGUCUUCUCCAUCUUGUCAUCCAGUGCUGCUUUACUGGGGUGCAUAUUCUUGGCAAAAUGCUACAUCAUUGUUUUUAGACCUGAUCUCAACCACAGGGAGCAACUCACAAAGAGAAAGUAG